AUGGUUGUGUGUUCCGCGUGUCAACUCGGAACUACAGCGCCCACGAUCAAUGUUCACCGCCUCUCUUCGGAACGCAAAUGUCCUCACCAGUAUGUCCGCGUGGGAGAUGAGCAGUUAUGCGAGGAAGCAGCCAAGGGAGGACAUCUUGGAGUCCUUCAAUGGGCACGGAACAACGGAUGCCCCUGGGACAAGGAGACGUGCUCCGACGCGGCGUUGAACGGGCAUCUUGAGAUACAUCCUCUCGAGCGGCUGCGAACGGACAUCUUGAGGUCCUUCAAUGGGCAAAAACAACGGAUGCCCCUGGGACAAAGAUACAUCCUCUCGGCGGCUGCGAACGGACAUCUUGAGGUCCUUCAAUGGGCAAGAAGCAACGGAUGCCCCUGGAACGAGGAGACGUGCUCCAACGCGGCUUGGGGCGGACAUCUUGUCGUUCGGCAAUGGGCAAGCAACAACGGACGCCCCUGGGACGAGGAGACGAACAACGGAUGCCCCUCGGACGAGGACACGUGCUCCAACGCGGCUUUGGGCGAACAUCUUGAGGUUCUGCAAUGGGCAAGGAACAACGGAUGCCCCUCGGACGAGGACACGUGCUCCAACGCGGCUUUGGGCGAACAUCUUGAGGUUCUGCAAUGGGCAAGGAACCAGGGAUGCCCCUGGGACAAGGAGACGUGCUCUAGAGCGGCUUCGGGUGGACACCUUGAGAACGGACAUCGUGAGGUGCUUCAAUGGGCAAGCAACAACGGAUGCCCCUGGGACAAGGAGACGUGCUCUAGAGCGGCUUUGGGCGGACACCUUAUGGUGCUCGAACGGCUAAGGAACAACGGAUGCCGCUCGGACGAGGAGACGUGCUCCAACGCGGCUUUGGGUGGACAUCUUGAGGUUCUGCAAUGGGCAAGCAACAACGGAUGCCCCUGGGACAAGGAGACGUGCUCUAGAGCGGCUUUGGGCGGACACCUUAUGGUGCUCGAACGGCUAAGGAACAACGGAUGCCGCUCGGACGAGGAGACGUGCUCCAACGCGGCUUUGGGUGGACAUCUUGAGGUUCUGCAAUGGGCAAGGAACAACGGAUGCCCCUCGGACGAGGACAC